UUUUAAGCUCGACCUCACUUUGCUAGCUAUCGUCGCAUGCGUCUGCAAUGGUAUUCUUUGCAAGACUACAUCUUCCAAUUUCAAGCGCAAAUUUCUGAACUCUCUCUUUUGAAACAACCAAGAACCCUCGCGAGCCGCAGCGGCUGACCUACUUUCAAGUAACUUCAGAAGUUCCGAGCUUGGCGAUCCCAUCGAAUCCUGUUUCAUUUCGUCUUCAUCGCUGUGAGGGUCCUAUGCUGUGGCUACUUCGCUCCCAUCGGCAUCUAUCUAAGGUGGCCCAGCAGAGUCGCUCCUUCUCGUUCACGCCAAAUCCUAGGCUACUUCGAUCACCAGCGAGACAAAGCCCCCGUAUUGGGCAUACGAAACGACCUUCACCAGAGCAUGUCACUCAGACCGCGGAGACAAAGUUCUUCAGCGAGCAAGUCAAUCCUCCAUCUGCAAGAAACCAGAUCCUGUUCUUCACCUUUGGAUCGCUGUUUGUGUUUGGAGUGGCCGCUAGAGAGACGAACAAUGAUACAUACUACUGGACGAAGCGCUUCUCUGACUCAAGUGUCGUAUGGAGCUUCCGAUCUCCUACAAAUGGAGAGAUGAUGAGGGCGAGACACAUGGAACUUGGCAAAACGUUACAAUCCGGAGUGAGAAGAUUGCAGGACUCUUUAUCAGGAUGGUCAGAAUCCAUCAGAAAUACCGUCACUUAUACCUACGCUCAAGUAGCCCAAGCAUACUUGGAUGUAUCGGAGGGGAAGCGUAUGUGUUACAAUAUCGCAGCGAUCAACGGAGCUGUCUGGGUGGCCUGGCAAAUCCCUCAGCUGCAGAAAUUCAUGAUGAGGAGUUUUACACAUAGCCCGCUGUCUGGCCUAUCCUACACGAUGUUGACAAGCACAUUCAGCCAUCACAGCAUCUUCCAUCUUCUCUUCAAUACCAUAGCAAUGACUGGUUUCGGUUCUUCCGCCGCAUACUAUCUAUCUCAAAGGCAGGAAGAUGCUAACGAUCUGCGUGAGUCCACGGGCCAGUGGCACUUCCUCGCAUUCUUUGUUUCCGCGGGACUCUUCUCCUCCUUGGUGUCCCAUUUCGUUGCUGCCCGUUUCACUUACCCACGUCUACUCAUGAGUCUCACACGCGCCGCAAAGUCGUCAAGUCCCGCAUCAAAGUCCGUGUCGACCACCUCUCAUUCGGCUGCAAUGGCCAGCGUGGAAAACAUCUCCUCAGUGAUCAAGCCAUCGCUCGGUUCCUCCGGGGCGAUCUAUGCUGCGGUCACCUUGACGGCCAUGGCAUUUCCCGAGUCGCACGUUAAGCUGAUAUUCCCGCCAACACCCGACAUUCCCAUACAAUAUGGUGUUUUCGGCCUUAUGGCGCUCGAUGUGCUCGGUGUGCUGCGUGGCUGGAAGCUCUUCGACCAUUAUGCACAUCUAGGCGGUGCGUGCUUUGGCCUGUGGUACUAUUCUUAUGGCCCACAAGUAUGGGAGUCUUUCCGGGAGCUCACCCUUGGCGGCCUGCCUCGUUCACUCCGGGAGUAAUAUUAUAAUUUUAAUUUACAACGCGUGGCUUGCGAAGCCCGCGUGUAAUAAUCUCCACUCCUUCACGCGUUCGGCUGUGAAGAUUCAUUACUGGUGAUGUUCUCGCAGCGGAUCUCCUCGGUGAGAGAUCAGAACGUGCCAUCUGAAGCAUUGAAGUGGGAAGCAGGAAAUGUCACUUUGCAACGGCACUUCGCGACGACAAGUCAGCAUGGGCGUGUCCGCCACG